CCCGGCUCUCCGCACUGCGCCCUCUGCGGUAGGGAGGGAGUGGCGCGGCCAGCUCCGCGCUAGUGCAGCGAGGUCCCGCGUGUGCCUUCUGGGUGAGAUUUUCCAGAGACCCAACGGGCCCGACCCCAUCAGCACUGAGCUCCAGAAACCUUGCGGUGGGCAAGACCUGGCUCGAUGGUUGAUGUCCAGCUUUCUGCGACUUUGUGCACGCUAAUUCUUAACUCUACAUCUGUUUCUCGCCUAUAAAAUGAACGUGAUGAUACACAUGUACUGCCGGGUCUGAGUCAUCUCUGUACACUGUCAUUCACUGGAUCGUAUUCCUCUUACCGACUUCUGUUCUGUGACUGGACAGGCGUUCAAGAUUGGCGGCACCUACUGGGGUGAGUUGAGCCGGUGUGGCAAGAGACUGUGAUUUUUGGUCCUGCUCUAGAGAAGCAAGUCACUGAAUCUGGAAAACUCUAGCCAUGGAAACCCUAAAAUCUGAGAACAAAAAGAGGAUCCUUCCCUCAUGGAUGACAGCCCCUGUGAAUGAGAGAAAGGUUGUAUCAGUGAAGACAGCCAAGAGGAAGCAGAGAGCGGCUGGGCGAGUUGGGGCAGCAACAAGAGCCCCUGCCACGGAGACUGUGUACUGCAUGAAUGAAGCUGAAAUGGUAGACGUGGCGCUGGGGAUCCUGAUUGAGGGCCGGAAACAGGAAAGGCCCUGGGAACGGCCCUCUCUGGAGGCCACUGAUAAGCUGCAGCUCUCCCCGCCCUGUUCCACGUCCCCUCACACCAGCUCCCCGGAGAGCAGCCAGGGCAGCUGUGAGGAAGAAGACCGCAGCGGGAACGACUCGCCUGCUCUAGGCUUCAGCCCUCCCCAGGGACCUGAAGCAUCCAGUUCUCCCUGUGCCAGAAGUCCUGAGGGGGAAAAGGAGGAGGAAGACUCGCUAAAGUACGUCAGGGAGAUAUUUUUCAGUUAGUAUGAACUGGUCACUGCUUCUGCCGAGAGCCAUGGGAUCUGCUGGGAUCUGAGGGUGCUGCCCGCCCCUGCCACCCACGAAAACCAGGCUUAGCUCCCAACCUCCAGUCCCAGGAGGCUGUCAGUUUGGGUGGGACAUUUUCUGUAGCAGGAUGCAGAAAGGCAUCCUGUUAUGGCCUUGUCCUGCACCGCCCUCUGCCUCUGAGGGUUGGCAAUUCCAGCCCUGUGUCUUAUUCACAGUAAAAAUGAGGUCUUGGGCCUACUGGCCGGAAGCAAAGAAAAAUAGAGCUGCUGAGAACAUGGGAAUUCUAGAUGGGUAGCCAGAUCUUGACUUAAAAAAACAAAACAAAACCUAUGAACAGUCUCCCUCAUGACACAGCCCAGCAGGAAGCUUCCAACCAAACGGGCUGGCAGCUGCCCACAGCCCCUGCCAGUCUAGGAGCAGGAGGCUCUAUCAGACCGGAGAGCCAUAGGCCCUGUCCUCCUGGGGCCUCCACCUUGGUUCCUGUACAUCUGUAAGGAGAGUGGGACACAGGACGCGAAGGACAAAAGAUCACACCAGAGUCCACCUUUCUUUGUGUUCACUUUGGCUUUUGAUGAGCACAGAAUGAAGGACGCAUUGCCACAUAGGUUUUCUGAUACACCGACACUGAAAAAAAUUAUGUAUAUAUACUGAUGUCCUAAUGUGUAAUAAAGACCGUGCUUCUGCCUUUCCA